CCUCCAUCAUCCACCACAACACUACAACCAUUGAGAUACCCCCUUCCUUCCCUCUUUCCUCUUCCCUUCUACCUUCCAUUAUUCCCCUCUCCCCUCCUCGCAAUUUACUCUCCAACAUGCCCGGGUCAGAGAAAAUCACCAUUUCCAUCGAUCGCGGUGGUACCUUCACCGACGUGCAUGCAGUGGUGCCCGGUCGCCCGGAUAUCAUCCUGAAGCUACUGUCCGUCGACCCCGGUCACUACCAAGAUGCUCCCACCGAGGGUAUCCGCCAAAUACUCGAGCUCGUUACGGGUGAGCCACACCCACGAGGCCAACCUCUGAAGCUCGACCGUAUUGGUAGUCUGCGCAUGGGAACGACAGUGGCCACAAAUGCACUCCUAGAGCGCAAGGGCGCUCGCUCCGUACUGCUCACAACGAAAGGCUUCCGCGACUUACUCAAGAUUGGAGACCAAUCCCGACCAAACAUCUUCGACCUCUCAAUGGCUAGACCCGGCGUGCUGCCCGAGAGAGUAGUGGAGAUCAAUGAGCGUGUUGUCCCAUGCCACCCUCUCGCCGACAAAGACUGCUUUACGAAUGCUCGGAUUGUGGAGGGAACAACAAGCGAGAAGUUCCGGGUGGUACAGGAGCUGGACAUUGAAGAGGUUCGCCCGGUGCUACAGCAAUUGAAAGAGCAGGGUUAUCAAUCGCUUUCGGUUGCACUCGUGCACUCCUUCGCAUACCCCGAGCACGAACGCAUGAUCGGCGAAUUGGCCGAGAGCAUGGGCUUCUCCGUCACCCUGUCGUCCAAACUGCAGCCCAUGAUCAAGGUGGUCCCCCGAGGCAUGUCUGCCGCGGCAGAUGCCUAUCUUACGCCCGUCAUCAAAACCUACAUCGACUCAAUUUCGGACAGCUUCGAGGGUGGGCUGGAGAAGCAGCAAGAAUGCCGGUUCGAGUUUAUGCAGUCAGACGGUGGAUUAGUCGACUUUCGCAGAUUCAGCGGGCUGAAAGCGAUUCUAUCUGGUCCAGCCGCUGGUGUGGUUGGCUUCGCUGCUACCAGCUGGGACCCGAAGGAAAAGACUCCCGUGAUCGGCUUCGACAUGGGCGGUACAUCAACUGAUGUGUCCCGCUUUGACGGCCAUCUGGAGCAUGUUUUUGGAUCCAAGGUGGCCGGUGUGCUGAUCCAAUCUCCUCAGCUCGACAUCAAUACCGUUGCUGCCGGUGGUGGUUCGAUCCUGUCGUGGCGCAACGGCCUGUUCUAUGUCGGUCCUGAGUCUGCAUCCGCUCACCCGGGACCUGCUUGCUACCGGAAAGGCGGUCCUUUGACCGUCACUGAUGCCAACCUAUUCCUUGGCCGACUCCUGCCUGAAUACUUCCCUCAUAUCUUCGGACCUAACGAAGACCAACCUCUUGACAUUGAGGUUACAACGAAGUUGUUCAAUGAGUUGACGGGAAAAAUCAACACUGAAAGGAAGGAGAAGGGUCAAUCGGAGUUUACAGCAGAGGAGGUGGCGCUAGGUUUCUUGAAGGUUGCGGAUGAGUCAAUGGCUCGUCCUAUUCGCAACCUGACGGAGGCUCGUGGCUUCGAAACGGCGUCUCAUCAUCUGGCAUGCUUCGGAGGCGCAGGUGGCCAGCAUGCAUGCACUGUCGCAGGGUCGUUGGGAAUUUCCCGCAUCAUCAUUAACAAGUUCUCAUCGGUCCUUUCGGCGUAUGGUUUGGCGCUGGCAGAGGUGGUCAAGGAAUCGCAGGAGCCAGUCUCCACGGACUACUCGACCUCUCAGUCGACUUUGGAGAAGCGCUUCCACGACAUGAUUCAGGCGGCUACUGAAGAUAUGGAAACGCAAGGAUUCUCGGAUGACCAGGUUCGCCACGAGUUGUAUCUCAAUUUGCGUUAUGAGGGCUCGGACACCAGUUUGAUGAUCCUGAAACCUGAGGAUGAGUCCGAUUUCCUGGAGCAAUUCCGUGCCAGACACCGCCGAGAGUUUGGCUUCAACUCAGAUAGACCAGUUCUGGUUGAUGACAUCCGCGUCCGCACAAUUGCUUGCUCGAAGGUGCGAACGGAAAAGAGCCCUCUGGUGCAACUGAGGGAAGCCACCCUUAAGGACGUCACAGGUGGUCCGGACAAUACCUCUCAGGCAUACUUUGAUGGUCACUCAGAACGAAUCGACACACCUGUUUACCAGCUUAACAAGCUAGGCAAAAACACCCGCGUCCAUGGACCUGCCAUCAUCAUUGACGAGACGCAAACCGUUGUGGUGGCGCCCAAUGCUGUAGCUAGUAUUCUGGAGACAUGCAUUGUUAUCGACCUCAAGGAGCUUCCAGGGGAUUCUGCUGGCGAGGGAGGGUCGUCAGGAAUUGACCCUAUUCGACUUACUAUCUUCGGCCAUCGAUUUAUGUCCAUUGCAGAGCAGAUGGGCCGUACGCUACAGAAGACCUCGGUGUCCACUAACAUCAAGGAACGCCUGGACUUUUCCUGCGCUCUUUUCUCCCCCGAUGGAGGCCUGGUUGCCAAUGCUCCGCAUGUUCCGGUGCAUCUUGGCUCCAUGCAGUUCGCAGUUCGCUACCAGCACGAGAAGUGGCUGGGUAACCUGCAGGAUGGCGAUGUGCUGGUGGCAAACCACCCCAGUUCUGGUGGAACGCAUUUGCCUGAUAUUACCGUGAUCACGCCUGUUUUCGACCGACCGGGUGGCACCGAAAUCAUGUUCUAUGUUGCUUCGCGUGGCCACCACGCUGAUAUUGGUGGUAUUCUGCCUGGAUCGAUGCCACCGAAGUCCACUGAGCUUUGGCAGGAGGGUGCUGCCAUUGAGGGGGACAAAAUCGUGAGCAACGGGGUCUUCGAUGAGGAACGCAUGAUGGAGCUUUUGAUCCACAAACCUGCCCAGUACGAAGGAUGCUCGGGAGCCAGAUGCAUCAGUGACAACUUAUCCGACUUGAAGGCCCAGAUUGCUGCAAACACCCGCGGUAUAUCCCUCAUCCAAGCGUUGUUCGCAGAAUACGGUGUCGAAACCGUCCAGAAGUACAUGUAUGCCAUCCAAGCCACGGCCGAGACGGCGGUGCGCAAUCUUCUGAAAGACCUUCACAAGAAGUUCGGCGGCCAGCCCUUGGAGGCGGUCGACUACAUGGACGAUGGCACUCCUAUCAAGCUGAAGGUCACCAUCAAUGGCUCGGAUGGAUCCGCCGUCUUCGACUUCGCCGGUACUGGUCCUGAAGUCUACGGAGGAUGGAACGCACCGAUCGCUAUCACCCAUUCGGCCAUCAUUUACUGCUUGCGAUGCAUGAUCAACGCCGACAUGCCUCUGAACCAGGGGUGCCUUGCUCCAAUCGACAUCCAGGUUCCAUCGCCUAGUAUUCUGUCGCCCACUAAGUCCGCGGCCGUGGUCGGUGGAAACGUGGUGACCUCCCAGCGUAUCACCGACGUUGUGCUGAAAGCCUUCCAAGCUUGUGCUGCGUCGCAAGGGUGCUGCAAUAACUUGACGUUCGGCACGAACUCAAAGCGCGACCCUGAGACAGGCGAGGUAAUCCCCGGCUUUGGAUACUACGAAACGAUUGCAGGAGGCAGCGGUGCUGGUCCAACCUGGAACGGAGAGUCAGGUAUUCAUGUGCACAUGACCAACACACGCAUCACCGACCCGGAGAUCUUGGAGAAGCGUUACCCGACGCUCCUCCGGCAGUUCACCCUGCGGGAGGGAUCUGGUGGCAAGGGUCAGCAUCCUGGCGGCGACGGUGUUAUCCGAGACAUUGAAUUUCUGUCCCCGAUGGAAGUCUCAAUCCUGUCAGAGCGACGAGUCUACCGGCCAUAUGGUCUCGAGGGGGGAGAGGAUGCCCAACCUGGGCUGAACCUAUGGAUCACGAAGGACCUUAAUACUGGAAGGGAGCGUCAGGUGAACAUUGGCGGAAAGAACACCGUCUCCAUGAAGACUCACGAUCGCAUUAUUAUUAACACGGCUGGUGGCGGUGGCUGGGGUGCUGCAUCUGCAUGAUCAAUGAAUGGGUUGAGGAGUCCGGUUGCAUUGCAUAAGGGAUAUGGAAAGCGUCUAGUGUUGGAUUGUUGAACUGUUGAUAGUUAGAAAUUCUAUUCUUCGUACAUGUUCC